ACAUGCUAAGAAAACAGAGUGAUAACAUGAUCAAUGCAGUUGCCAGUAGGAACAUUUUCCAGUUAGUUUGGGGUAGCUGACCGUUGCAUAUUCUACUCAUGCAGUUCUGGUUUUGGGAUGUUGAACCCAUAUAAAGGAACCUACUUCUCUUGUCCACAUACUGACAAUUUUAGCAAGAGAUGACUCUCCAGGAAUUCCCAUAUUCCUCUCAGCUUCACAACCAAAAAGACAAGAUCACAAAACUAGUGGUGACAAAAUCAACCUUUAUUUUGUCUUUAUCUUCUUGAGCCUUCCUACACAAAGAAAUAGCUUCAAUGUUUUCAUCGGACCCAGUCUUGUUCUAUAUAAACUCUCACCAUAAGAACUGUAGAGCCUACUGAAUUGGAAAUAUUUACUUCUAAGAAGCUUCAGAAUCUCUGGUCUGGUUUCUCUCAGCUGGGAGGUUUCUGGGAAGAGCAACCUGUAUGGAGUCUGGCUCACCUUAUCAGUGGCUGAGAGAGCUGAGAUGGGACAAUGGAGGCUUUAACCCAAUCUCUGUGCUUCUUGAUUGUGCAAAAUGUGUUGCAACUGGAAGCAUUAAGAAUGCAGACAUGGGUCUUGAGUUCAUCUCCCACCUUGCCUCACCUGAUGGCGAUGCAGUUCAGAGAAUGGUCACUUAUUUUAGUGAAGCCCUUGCUUACAGAAUCAUCAAGAACCUUCCAGGUGUCUAUAAAACCCUCCAUUCCUCAAAACCCUCACCAACCUCAGAACAAGUCUUGGUCCAAAAAUACUUCUUUGAGCUGUGUCCUUUCUUGAAACUAGCGUACUUGACCACAAACCAGGCCAUUGUUGAAGCCAUGGAAGGUGAAAAGCUUGUUCACAUCAUAGACCUUCAUUCUUCUGAACCUGCACAGUGGGUUGACCUUCUGAUGACUCUGAAAAAACGUCCAGGUGGCCCUCCUCACUUGAAGAUCACAGGUAUUCAUGAGAAGAAAGAGGUUCUGGAUCAAAUGGGGUUUCAUUUGACCACUGAAGCAGGAAAACUUGACUUCCCUUUACAGUUCAAUCCAAUUGUGAGCAAGAUGGAAGAUCUUAACCUUGAAAGCUUGCCUGUCAAGUCUGGAGAAGCACUUGCCAUAAGUUCUGUGCUUCAGCUUCACACUCUUCUUGCAAGUGAUGAUGAUGUAGCUGCCAGAAACUCACCAGCCACACCCAUGAAUCUGCAGAGAGCCGUUCAUCAUCAUCAUCAUCAGCAGCAGAACCAAAGGACUUUUGCAGAAUGGUUAGAGAAGGACAUGAUCAAUGCUUAUAUCACAAGUCCAGACUCAGCACUGUCACCACUUUCUCUCAGUGCUUCUCCUAAAAUGGGAAUGUUUUUGAACUCCUUAAGGAAACUCCAACCCAAACUGAUGGUGAUCACUGAGCAAGAAUCAAACCUUAAUGGGUCUAACCUAAUGGAGAGGAUAGAGAAAGCACUGUACUUCUAUAGUCCAUUGUUUGAUUGCUUGGACUCAACUGUUUCGAGGACUUCAUUGGAGAGACAGAAACUUGAGAGUGAACUGCUUGGGGAACAGAUCAAGAGGAUCAUAGCCUGUGAGGGUUUUGAGAGGAAGGAAAGGUACGAGAAGCUUGAGAAAUGGAUUCCAAGGCUGGAAAUGAUUGGUUUUAAGAGAGUUCCAUUGAGCUACUAUGGGAUGUUGCAGGCAAAGAGAUUGUUGCAGAGCUAUGGAUACAAGUACAAGAUUAGAGAAGAGAAUGAUUGUUUGCUUCUGUGUUGGAGUGAUAGGCCACUUUUUGCUGUAUCAGCUUGGAGUUAUAGAAGAUGAAUGUGUGAUUUCAUAUGAAUGUCCCUCUAUUAAUGUAGGGCCGUGGGUUAUUUGGGAAAUAUAUAGUUGAAUAAUCUUUAUGAUCCACUCAUUGGUUUGGAUUCUUUUUUCAGCCAAAUUAAUUGAGCUGCUAACAAAACUGAAUCAAUCAAUUAAAUUUUAGGGUGACAUAUGAAAUGAACAAAUAAA